UCAAAGCAUUUGCGAGUUACAAUUGGACAGUUGCUUUGUUAGUAACUCAGUAGGCGUUUCCAAGUCCAGCAUUCAGAGAGACGAAAGAAGCUGCUGCGUACAGAAAAUGGCUGACAGAUUUUCUAGGUUCAACGAAGAACGUGAUUUCCAGGGGGGAAAUCACUUUGACCAGUAUGAAGAGGGCCAGUUGGAGCUGGAGCAGGCGUCCCUGGACAAGCCCAUAGAAUCGGAUAACAUUGGGCACCGGCUGCUUCAGAAACAUGGCUGGAAGCUGGGGCAAGGACUGGGCAAAACCAUGCAGGGACGCACCGACCCUGUGCCCAUCAUCCUCAAAUAUGAUGUCAUGGGGAUGGGACGCAUGGAGAUGGAGUUGGAUGUUGCCGAAGAUGCUACAGAGAAGAGGAAAGUGCUGGAGGUGGAGAAGGAAGUCACAGAGGAAUUACAGCAGAAAUACAAGGACCAGGUGGAAAAGGAGAAGGCCAUCGCCAAAGCCCUGGAAGACCUGCGGGCCAACUUUUACUGUGAGCUGUGUGAGAAACAGUACCAGAAGCACCAAGAGUUUGACAACCACAUCAACUCGUACGACCACGCUCAUAAGCAGAGGCUUAAGGAGCUGAAGCAGAGAAGAGCCUUGACCCCGAGAAACGUGUCAUACCCACCGUCAAACAUGGAGUGCAGGAAUGCAGAUGUAUAUGCAAAGAAAAAUUAUUAUAAAAAAUGUGUUCUGGAUAAAACACAACACAUUAAACAGUUUACUUUAAUAUGUUCUUUAUCGUUGUGUUUCAGUACCCCGGGAAGUGGUCCCAUGUUCAAACCCACCACCGUGGCAGUAGACGGAGAGAAGGGUGAAGAGGGGAGUGCUGUAACCCCUGAUGGAGGAGAAGAGCAGUGGGGGUCAGGCCUCCCCCAAACCAGCCCCACCGUCAGCUUCUCCCUGGGGAAGAGCAGCUCAUCCCCGGCCGGGGCCUCCAAGGUCAGCGUGUCCUUCUCCUUCGCCAAGAAACCCCCAGUGAAGCUGGAGACGGUCGCAGCAGUGUUCGCUAAACUCCAUCAGGAUGACGAGGAGGAGGGGGGACAGGAGGAGGGAGGGGAGAAGGCCGUGGGACAGGAGGAGACCUCAGGCUGCAGCACCGAGAGCCCCAAGGGAGGAGGGGGGAAUGGAACAGCAGGGCCAGAGGAGGAGGAGGAGGAGCAGCAGGAGGAGCAACUACAUCAAGAACAACCAGAGCAGGAGGAAGAGGAUGAUGGCACCUCCCUAGCCUCCACUCUCAACAAGCUGAAGAUGAUGAUGAAGAAGGAGGAAGGCUGGGCCGGCCAGGAGCCUGAGUACUACCACUACAUCCCACCAACUCACUGCAGAGUCAAACCCCGCUUCCAGUUCCUGGUGUUCAUGAAGGCCACAGACCAGUGUGAGAUCAGGGAGCAAGAAGAAGAUGAACAAGAGAAGGAAGAAAAGGUGGUAGCAGAGGUUUCUGAGCAGACACAGCCAAAAGCUACUGAGUGCAAAUCAGAGGAGCCAGAGAGAACUCCUGCAGCUCCAGUCACAGAGCCCAGUCCUACUCCCACAGUCACAGAGCCCACUCCUACUCCCACAGUCACAGAGCCCACUCCUACUCCCACAUCACCUAAACUGAAGACUGAAGAGGUCUCUGCCAGCUUCACAGACCCUCCUCCCACAACAGCCCCUACGCAGAACCAGACAACAAGCAGGAGGACCCCAGUCCCAGGGCCCAACUUGGGCCCCAAAAUCCCCACCGGUCCCUUCUUCCUGGUCCUGAGCAAAGACGAGAGCACCACUCUGCAGUGGCCCUCGGAGCUGCUGGAUUUUACCAAGGCUCAGCCCGCCCUCUCUUACAGCUGCAACCCCCUGUACUUCGACUUCAAACUGUCCCGCAACAAAGGGGCCCGUGCUGGACGAGCAGCAAAGUCCUCCAAGCCCGCUGGUGAAGGAGCUGAGAAAAAAAACAAUCCUGAGGCAGCUGCUGCAGUCAAUGAGGGGAAUGCUGCUGCCACCACCACCCCUGGGCCCAGCACUGACAACACUGGUAAGGAGGAGCCCUCCUUAAAAAUAGAGGGUUCCCAAGGGGAGACUGAGGAGCAAAAGCUACAGAGUAGCACAAGCGGAGCCAAGAAGAAGAAAAAGAAGAAAAAGAAGAAGCAUAAGAAAUCUGGCAAAGGCUCCAAGCGCAAAGAAAAAGAGAAGGGAGCCAUAGUGGACGGGGACGCGGAAACUGAGAUCCUAGGAGAGAAAACCAAAAAAAAGAAAAAACACAAACGAAAGAAGAGCAAAAACAAAGGUGAGGAGGGGGAAGAAGGAGGUGGUGGUGAUAAGGAAAAGCCUAAAGAGGAUAAAGCAGUAGCCGCAACGGUUUCUAGUGCUCCCCAGCACGCAGGAACAGGAUCUGCUACAGGAGCGGAACCUGGGAAGAGGAAACGACCAGCCAAAGAAGCACUUCAGAAGUCCGGGGCAGAGGAAGGUGGGGCAGGGAAAGGCUCUGAUGAGGCCAAGCCCUCUGAGGAGCACAACGGCACCAAGCGUCUGAAGACAGACCCCAGCGCCCCACCCAGCGCUUCCUGCUCCUCCUCGGCCCAGAAGAGCCCCGGGCCAGGCAGACCACCCAGCAGUGAGAGUGAGGAGGAAGGAGGAGGAGGCUCAGCUUCCCGAUCCAGCCGCCGCAGGUCCACGCCCCGGGAGGGGCGCCGGCACCAGAGCGAGGACUCCGGCCGCUCCCGAAGCCACUCGUCACAUCGGGGAGACGGGCGAGGGAGCAGCCGGCGGCGGCACCGCGGCCAGGCCUCCCGUAGCCAGUCAGACUCCAGCAGCUCGGAGCGCUCCUCGAGCGCCUACAGCCGGCGCAGCCGCAGCUACUCAGACAGUUACAGUGAAGACAGUGACGGGCGCCACCGGAGACACUCUAAGCGCUCCUCUGACUCAGAGUACGAUCGACGGGGAAGCGGCGGGCGGCGGCGCUCCAGAAGACGUCACUAUUCUUCCUCGUCCUCGGAGGACUCUCGCUCCCGCUCACGCAGCCACAGCCGCAGGAAGAGGCACCAGCGGCGGCACCGGAGCAGCUCUCGGAGCUCUAGCAGCAGGAGCCGCAGCAGCAGCGCCAGGUCAUGGAGACGCAGCUACAGCCGCAGCCACAGCUCAGCCAGCCGCUCCUCCAGCUCCACCAAGGGCUCCCCUCACCGGGGUCGGGGAGGCCAGGGGGCCCACAGGGGCCGGGCAGACAGCGCCACACGGCGCCGAGACUUCAACCGCUCCUGCAUCUACCGCUCCCAGUCCCCCUCUGCCUCAUCACGAGCCCCAAACCGCAACAGCAGCUCCCAGAGCCAGAGGGCAGGGGGGUCCAGGGGAGAAGGAGGAGGAGACCAGAGGAACUCUUCCUCACACUUCACCGCCCGCCAGCUUCUGGAUAAGAUCCAGUCCAGGAAGGGAUCUGAUGUCACAACCACAGGGACCAAGACUGGCGCCAAGAUCAAGGACCCACCAUCGGGCUACUUUGGGCCCAAACUGCCUCCAGCUCUGGGCAAUAAGUCCAUGCUGCCCCUGUUCGGUAAGCUGCAGGCAGGGAAGAAAUUCCCUGCGAUCCCCCUGACCCGGCCUGAUGGUGGAGAGAAGUCAUCAGCAGGGAAAGGUUCAGAUGCUGUGGCAGAGGUCAUCCUGAUGGAGCCCAUCCGGGAGUUCCCCCCACCACCUCCCCCUCAACCAGCUCAUAAGAAAGUGGAGGAGACGGUAGUAGUAGUUCAGGAGGCCCGCCACCUCACCCUGGACGCACGGGUUCUUCAUGAGCCCCGGCCACUGUUCCAUCAGGAGCCCUCCAUGCUGAUGCCCCCAUACCAGGGCGAGCCGGGACAGGACCCCUCCAACCCCAUGAUGGAGCCCCUCAUGCCUGACAUGCAGCAGCAGCCACCCAUGCACGCCUACCCCAACUACCCCCCGCCCAGCCUGGAGGAGGAGGACAUGGGCAUGGAGGCAGAGGAGGACGAUCUGGCCCCGCUGGAGAGCCAGCCCAUCACCUUCACCCCAGAGGAGAUGGAGAAGUACGGCAAGCUGCAGCAGGCCGCCCAGCAGCACAUCCAGCAGCAGCUCCUGGCCAAGCACAUCAAGACCUUCCCCUCAGCCGCAGCAGCACAGGCUGCAGCGAACAUGGCUGCAGCAGCGAACCAUCUGCAGCCGGCACCCCCUCCCCCCCAGCAGCAGAUGAUCCAGAUCCACCAGCCUGCAGUGUCUGCAGCCUCAGCUACCUCCCUCACCACAGUACAACAUCUCAUCCAGCAGCACCAUGCUGCUCAGGCUGCAGCCAUGGGCAUCCACCCACACGGACCCCACCCGCACCCCCAGUUAGCCCAGGUCCACCACAUCCCCCAGCACCACCUCACCCCCAUCUCCCUGUCUCACCUGGGCCACUCUCUAGGCCACACUCUGGGCCACCAGUUGGGAGUGGGACACGCUGGACUGAUCCCUGCCCACCACACAGCCUUCCUCUCUGGCCAGCCCAUACACAUUAUCCCAGCCUCAGCACUUCAUCACCACAGCCCCUUAGCCCUCCACCACAUACCACACUCAUCCCUCUACCCAACGCUGUUCGCCCCCCGGCACACUAACGCCGCUGCGGCAGCCGCACUGCAGCUCCACCCCUUCCUGCACCCCAUCUUCUCAGGGCAGGACCUCCAGCACCCCCCUAACCACGGCUCCUGAGAAAGACCUUCACUAGAGCCAUGUGUCCACAUCAGAGGAGGGUUUUGGCCAGAGCAGGCCUGGUUAAACAUCUGAGUUAACAUGGAGAGAGGGAGAUGUAGUGGCAGCAGGUGAUUAUGAGAAUAUCAUCAAAAUGGCCACCAUUAGACCACUGGCCAGACAGAGGUGCUGUGAUAUGCUGCCUGUGCAGAGGUAAACAACAGACAUUUACUGUGGGCUCUUUGAAUGGACCCCUCCUAACAGUUGCCUGACAUUCACCCUGAGGUUUCUGGACAGGGUGGAGGAGGGUUUGAGGCAACCUCAAAUCUAAGA